GAUGUGUGACUGCUUCCACCUGGUUCUGCCCAACUGGGCCGGCUCUCCAGACAGCGGGUCUGACAGGAGGCUGCAGCCCAGGGAUCCUGAUGCUGAAACCGAGGAAGGCAAUUCUGUGAAUGAGGUGCCCAUGGAAGAAAUCAUCCGGCCCCGGCCACAGGGUUCCUCGCCAGUGUACGAGUUCUGCAUAGACCAAGAGAACGUCAACCGCCAGUUGCACGAAGACCCGUCCAGCGGGCGCUACUCCUCUGGUAGGCGAAAGUCACGGACGAAAAAGGAUCCUGGGGACACAGCAGAUUUCGCCAAGAUGAACCAGCCGGAGGACCUCCCGGAGGUGACCUUGAAGACAGAAGUUGAAGCCGGCGCCAGUGGCUUUAGUGUCACAGGUGGCGGGCGGGAGGGCAUCUUUGUGAAGCAAGUCCUGAAGGAUUCCACGGCCGCCAAGCUCUUCAGUCUGAGAGAAGGGGAUCAGCUUCUCAGUGCCACAAUAUUCUUUGACAAUAUUAAAUAUGAAGACGCCCUCAAGAUUCUCCAGCAUUCUGAGCCGUACAAAGUCCAGUUCAGUCUCAAGCGCAGACUUUCCGGGAAAGAGGGCCAGGGGCCAACCCAGCCCGCGGCAGAGGAUCAGAAAGGAACUGCAAAACAGGGAAGAAGAAUCUCGGGCCAGAGGAGAGAAGAAACCCCGGGGCUGAUGGAAAAGGCGGCUGAAGAAGAGGACAGAGAGAAAUUACUCGUACACCAAAGGGAAGGGAGAACCAAGAGGCCCAAGAAAGAGAGAUUAUCAUGGCCAAAAUUCCAGUCAAUGAAAAGCAAGAAGGCCUCGGGCCCCCGGAGGUCCCACAGCACAUCAGAUGCCUAUGAGGAAAGUGGCAGAGACGUAUCCCCCACCAGCACGGACACAGAAUCCCAGUUCCAAAAGGACGAGACCCACCGCAGGGGGAAACCCGGGAGCCAGAGGAGGCUGCGCUUCCCUAACAUUGGAUUCUGGAUGCCCAGAAAGUCGGAUCCUGAAGACGGCCGGGCCCUCACAGCCAGCGUGCCCACUUCUGGGGAGAGCACACUCCAGUCCAGAGAUGCCCAAGACCAAAAGCUGGACCUACAAUGGCAGAUGGGAAGGGGGCGGGCUCCUCCUCAGCCAGAUGAGAGCAGCGAUGUCAAACUAGGAGUUGACCUCGAAGAGGUACCCGGGGGCCUGGGCCACGUGGGCGAUGGGUUAAAGCUACGGAUCAAGACCAGCCCUGACGUUGACAUUGAAAUGCCCCAAGGACGGCUCCCAACCGAGAAAAUGACCACCCGGGCAAGAGAGGAUGCACAGAUGAUUCUGGAUACCGUAAGGGAGAAAGGGGCUGUGGAUGGGACCGGACAGGAAGUUCAUGGAAAAGAGAAACUGGAGGAAGGAUUGUGGACACUUCAAGGCCUGGAAAUUGGAAUUGCUAAGCUAACUCUGCAAGACCCCAAAGAAGAGGCAGAUGGGAUGGGCGACCUGCCAGAAAUAAGAGUUAAAAUCCCCAAUUUACAAGUGCCGAAGUUUGGCUUUUCCCAUGAAAAAGUAUCCGACAUGGAGGAGAGAAUCACCAGACCCCAGUGGGAUACCAGCCAGCAGAAAGGGUUGGUGGAAGGGAUGGCCCUGACUGGAGUGUCAGCCCCCGAAAGAAAGGAGGUGGCGAUCCCGGAGGGAGUUGCAGGCUGGAAGAUCCAAAAGCCCAGCACCAAGGAGUCCUCAGAACUGGAAAUUGAGGUCAGGACACCGGGACUGGACCUCAGAGGCCCCACUGUGGAUGUGAGGAUGCAGGCAAAAGGGCGUGGAGAAGAAGCUUCAGUUCAGGAGGGAGAAGUGAAAGUUGCAGAGAAGGGAAUGGAGACCAAAGACAGCAAACUGAAAAUGCCAAAAUUCAAAAUGCCAUCGUUUGCGUGGUCCCCAAGCAAGGGACCAGGGGAUGUGCAAAAGCGGGGAAUACAGGGAGAUGGUUCAAUCCCCUCAAAAGAUGGAGAUAUUGAAGCGGGAGAGCCAGGCGUCACUAGAGACAAAGGAAAGUUUGGGGAGAUAAAAGUCAAACUUGAGGGAGUAGAAGAGAAAGAGCACUCACCUAAGGUCAAGAUGCCCAGCAUUAGGUUUUCAAAGGGCGAAAUCAAAGCUCCCGAGGCUGGAGUGGAUCUCAGUCUCCCCAAAGCUGAGGUCAGUAUCCCCACUGUGGACAUCUCCGUGCCCCACGUGGACGUGACUGGAGGGGCAGAUAGCCUGCCACAGGUGGAUGUCAAGCAGCCCUCGGUGGAAGGCUCUGUCCGGAUCAAGGGCCUAGAUGUCGACCUCAAGGCUCCUUCAUCAGAGGUCACCCUGGAGGGGCCGGACAUCAAAAUGGAAGGCCUUGAUAAGAAGUUCAAAAUGCCUGGCUUCCAGAAGCCAAAGUUUGGCAUGUCAUUGCCCAAAGGAAAGAGCCCCGAGGUUGCCAUCAGCAUCACCCAGAAAGACGUGGACGUCUCCCUGCCUGAAGUCAGGGCAGCUGUGGGAGGGGUCUCCGUGGACAUCGCAAGCCUCGAGGUCUCGAUACCAGAAGCCCCUGAGGUGUCGGCCGAGGUAUCGGGGCGGAAGAUUCAAAUGCCCAGCGUCAAAAUGCCCAAAGCAGACGCUAAGACCCCCGGCGUGGAUGUGACCCUUCCCAAGGUCGAAGUAGACACGCAGGGACCGGGCGCGAUGGUUAAGGCCGGCAAGGUGGAGGGUGAGAUCAAACUGGGAACCAAGGGAGCAGAAGUCAAAGAUAGCAAAUUCAAAAUGCCCAGAUUUAGCAUGCCAGCCUUUGGCUGGUCCUCCAGCAAAGACUCAGGCCCAGCAGUACAAGCAGGUGCCAGUCUUAAGAGUGUCGAGGUGACCCUCCCAACCCCUAGCGUGGACUCGGACCUCAGCCUGCCUGGAGUGGCAGUGACAGCCCCCAGUCUAGAGGUCAGUGGGUCAAUGUCUGUAGAAAGCAGGAUGGAAAAAGGCAAACUCAAGGGGCCUCAAAUUAAGAUGCCAAGUGUCAAGUCUCCAGAUAUCAAGACUCCACAGGCUGAAGUCACUCUGCCAUCUGGACAAAUGGACAUUUCUUUUCCAGCUGGUGAGGCGGAGGUCAAGGGGGCAGACCUGGGUGUCAAGCUGCCCGAUCCAGAGGGCAUUGACGGUGAACUCAAAAGCAAGACGGGCAUGAUAGGGAUCAAAGGUCACAUGCCAAAGGUCAAGAUGCCCAGCAUUAGCUUUCCCAAAGGGGAAUUCAAAGCUCCCCAGGGAGGUGUGGACCUCAGUCUCCCCAAGUCAGAGCUUAGUGUCUCUACUGUGGACAUUCCUGCACCCCACGUGGAUGUGUCCGGAGGGGCAGACCUCACCCUUCCACAGGUGGACAUCAAACAGCCCUUGAUGGAAGGUUCUGUGCGUUUCAAGGGCCCAGACAUUGACAUCAAGGCACCUUCGGCAGAGGUCACCCUGGAGGGACCGGAUGUCAGAGCGGAAGGCCUCGAUAAGAUUAAGAUGCCUGGCUUCCAGAAACCAAAGUUUGGCAUCUCAAUGCCCAGAGGAAAGAGACCCGAAGUUGAUGUCAGCAUCACACAACCCGACCUGGAUGCUUCCUUGCCCAAAGUCGGGGUGGGCAUCGAAGGGGUCUCCGUGGAUGCCCCAAGCCUCGAGCUCCCAGAGUCCAAAGCCCCUGAGGCAUCCGGCGAGAUGUCGGGAUGGAAGAUCCAAAUGCCCAGUGUCAAAUUGCCCAAAGCUGACGUCAAAGCCCCCAAGAUGGACGUCAGUGCCCCCAGUGUGGACGUGUCCUUCCCCAAAGUCGAGGUGGACAUCCAGGGACCAGAAAUAGCAGGCAAGGCCGGCAAGAUAGAGGGUGAGAUCAUAGUGGGAGCCAAGGGAGCCACGGCCAGAGACACCAAGUUCAAAAUGCCUAGAUUCAGCAUGCCGGCCUUUGGCCGGUCCUCCAGCAAAGACUCAGGCCCGGUAGUGGAGGUGGACACCACCUUCAAGGGCCCCCAAGUGUCCAUUCCAAUCCCGAGUGUGGAUGCAAAGCUCAGCUUGCCUGGAGCGGACGUGACGGCCCCCAGCCUGGACAUGGAUGUGACACCAUCCGUGGGAAAAGUGGGGGAGAAAGGCAAACUUGAGGGUCCUGAAGUCAAGAUUCCAAGUGUCAGCAUGCCCAAGGUCAAGGGACCCCAGGCCCAAGUCACUUUGCCAUCUGGACAAAUGGACGUUUCUCUUCCCUCCGGUGACAUUGAGAUCAAAGGCGUAGACCUGGAUGUCACGGUACCAGACCCAGAGAGUACUGCUGGUGACCUCAAAGGCAAGAAAGGCACGCUAGGGAUCAAAGGUCACAUGCCAAAGGUCAAGAUGCCCAGCAUUAGCUUUUUGAAGGGUGAAGCCAAAGCUCCCAAAGGCAGCAAGGACUUCAGCAUCCCCACUGUGGACAUCCCCGAGCCCCACAUGGAAGUGGCCGGAGGGACAGACCUCGGCCUACCACAGGUGGACAUCAAACAGCCUUCGGUGGAUAUCAAGAGUCCAGACAUUGACCACACAGCUCCUUCUGCGGAGGUCACCUUGGAAGGGCCGGAUGUCAGAGUGGAAGGCCUCGAUAAGAAGAUUACACUACCCCACUUCCAGAAACCAAAGUUUGGCGUCUCUUUGCCCAAAGGCAAGGACCCUGAGGUCACCAUCAGCAUUGCCCAGCCUGACCUGGAUGUCUCCCUGCCCAAGAUCAGCGCAGAUGUGGGAGAGGUCUCUGGGGAUGCCUCGAGCCUCAAGGGCUUGGGGCUAGAAGACUCUGGGGGGUCUGCUGAGACUUCAGGACGGAAGAUCCAAAUCCCCGGCGUCAAAAUGCCCAAAGCAGAUGUCAAGACCCCCAGUGUGGAUGUCGCCUUGCCCAAGGCCGAGUUGGACAUCCAGGGACCAGAUGUGGCAAUCAAGGCUGGCAAGAUGGAGGGUGAUAUCAAACUGGGUGCCAAGGGAGCCGAAGCCAAAGACAGCAGGUUUAAAAUGCCCAGAUUCAGCAUGCCGGGCUUUGGCUGGUCUUCCAGCAAAGACGCAACCCCGGCGGGAGAAAUGGACACCACCAAGGGCCUCCAAGUGACCAUUCCAACACUUCAAGGGGACGCGGAACUCAGCCUGCCCAGAGUGGAGAUGACGACCCCCAGCCUCGAUGUGACAACAUCCGUGGGAAAAGCUGGAGAGAAAAUCAAACUCGAGGGGCCUGAACUCAAGAUGCCAAGUGUCAAGAUGUCCGAAGUCAAGAGUCCCCAGGCCCAAGUCACUCUGCCAUCGGGACAAGUGGACAUAUCAGUUCCAUCUGGUGAGCUGGAGGUCAAAGGGGGAGAACUAGGAGUAAAGCUGCCAGACCCUGAGAGUCUUGCCGGUGAACUCAAAGGCAAGACAGGCAUGAUGGGGAUCAAAGGUCAUAUGCCAAAGGUCAAGACGCCCGCCAUUAGCUUUUCUAAGGGAGAAGUCAAGGGCAGCGUGGACCUCAGUCUCCCCAAACCCGAGCUCAGUGUCUCUACCGCAGACACCACCAUGCCCCAUGUUGACAUCAGCCUGCCAAAGGUGGAAGUGAAACAGCCCACAUUGGAAGGCCCUGUCCAGGUCAAGACCCCAGAUAUUGACCUCAAGGCUCCUUCGGGGGAGGUCACCAUGGAAGGGACAGACAUCAGGGUGGAAGGCCUCGAAAAGAAGAUAAAAAUGCCAGGUUUCCAGAAACCAAAAUUCGGCAUCCCAUUGCCCAAAGGCAAGGGCACCAAGGCCUCCAUCAGCAUAGCUCAGCCCGAUGUAGAUGUCUCCCUAGGUCCCAAGGUCAGUGCAGCCGUGGGAGGGGUAUCUGUGGAUGCCCCGAGCCCCAAGGUCUCAGGACCUGAAGUUCCUGAGGCUUCCAUCAAGACAUCGGGAUCGAAGAUUCAAAUGCCCAGCAUCAAAAUGCCCCAAGCUGACAUCAAGGCCCCUGAGCUGGACAUCAGCUCCUCUGGUGUGGAUGUGACUCUCCCCAAAGUCAAGGCAGACAUCGAGGGACCCGGUGUGGUGGUCGAGGCUGGCAAGAUAGAGGGCGAGAUCGAACUGGGAGCCAAAGUCGCUGAAGCCAAAGACGGCAAGUUCAAAAUGCCCAGAUUCAGCAUGCCCACCUUCGGCUGGUCCUCUAGCAGAGAAACUGGCCCAGCGGGGAAAGUGGAUGCAAGCUUCAAGGGUCCCCAGGUGACCCUCCCGACUUCCAUAGUGGGUGCAGAGGUCAGCCUGCGUGGAGUGGAGGCGACGGCUCCCAGCCUCAAAGUGGACGUAGAAGCCUCCGUGGGAAAAGCAGGGGAGAAAAUCAAACUCGAGGGACCUGAUGUCAAGAUGCCAGCUGUCAAGAUUCCCAAGGUCAAGAGUCCCCAGGCCCAAGUCACUCUGCCAUCGGGGCAAGUGGAUGUUUCUCUUCCCUCCAGUGACAUUGAGGUCAAAGGGGGAGACCUGCAAGUCGAACUGCCAGACACAAAGGGUGCUGUUGGAGAACUCAAAGGCAAGCCAGGCACAGUAGGGAUCACAGGUCACAUGCCAAAGGUCAAGAUGCCCAGCAUUGGCUUUCCCAAGGGAGAUGUUCAAACUCCCAAAGGUAGCAUGGACCUUGGUCUCCCUAAAACUGAAGUCAGCAUCCCCACUGGGGAUAUCCCUGCACCCCAUGUAGAAGUGGCUGGAGGGACAGGCCUCAGCCUGCCCCACGUGGACAUCAAGCAGCCCUCAGUGGAAGGUUCUGUCCAGGUCAAGAUCCCAGAUGUCGACCUCAAGGCGCCUUCAGCGGAGGUCAAGUUGGAGGGGCCAGGCAUGGAAGUGGAAGGCCUAGGUAAGAAGAUUAAAAUGCCUAGCUUCCAGAAACCAAAAUUUGGCAUCUCAUUGCCAAAGGUCAAGGGCCCCGAGGCCUCCAUCAGGAUCACUCAGCCCCAUAUUGACGUUGCCCUUCCCGAGGUCAGCACAGCCACGGAAGGGGUCUCCGUGGACACCUCGAGCCUCAAGGUCUCGGUGCCCAAAGCCCCUGAGGGGACCACCGAGACAUCGGAAUGGAAGAUCCAAAUGCCCAAAGUAGAUGCCAAAGCCCCUGAGCUGGACAUCAGCACAUCCAGCAUGGACCUGACCAUCUCCAAGGUGGAGGUGGAUGUCCAGGGACCAGGCAUGGCAGUCCCAGUUGGCAAGGUGGAGGGUGAGAUCAAACUGGGAGCCAAGGGAGUCGAGACCAAAGACACCAAGUUCAAAGUGCCCAAAUUCAGUAUGCCGGCCUUCGGCUGGUCCUCCAGCAAAGACUCAGGCCCGGUGGGGGAAGUGGACGCCAGCCUCAAGGACCCCCAGGUGACCAUUCCAAUACCUCAUGUGGAUGCAGAUAUCAGCCUCCCAGGAGCGGGAAUGACAUCCCCCAGCCUCGAUGUGGGCAUGACAGCAUCUGUGGGAAAAGUAGGUGAGACAGGAAAACUCGAGGGGCCUGAAGUCAAAAUGCCAAGUGUCAAAAUUCCCAAGAUCAAGAGUCCCCAGGCCCAAGUCACUCUGCCAUCAGGACAAGUGGACAUUUCUCUUCCCUCCAGUGACAUCGAGGUCAAAGGUGAAGACCUGGGCAUUAAGCUGCCAGAUAAGGAGGUCGCUGGGGGAGAUCUCAAAGGCAAGACAGGGUUCAUAGGGCUCAAAGGUCACAUGCCAAAGGUCAAGAUGCCCAGCAUAGGUUUUUCCAAAGGAGAUGUCAAAGUGCCUGAGGGCAGCGUCGACCUCAGUCUCCCCAAGGCUGAGGUCAGCAUCCCGACAGUAGACAUCUCCACCUCCAACGUUGACUUGGCUACAGGGACAGACCUUAGCCUUCCAAAGGUGGAUGUCAAACUGCCCACAGUGGAGGGCUCUCUCCAGGCCAAGGGCCCAGACAUUGACCUCAAGGUUUCUCCAUCAGAGGUCACCUUAGAGGAGCCGGAUGUGGGAGUGGAAGAUCUCGGCAAGAAGAUCAAAAUGCCUAGCUUCCAGAAACCAAAGUUUGGCAUCUCACUGUCCAAAGGUGAAGGCCCCGAGGCCUCCAUCAGCAUCGCCCAGCCUGACUUGGACAUUUCCCUGCCCAAAGUCAGCACAGCCAUGGGAGGGGUCUCUGUGGAUGCUCCGAGCCUCAAAGUCUCGGGGCCAGAAACUCCUGAGGCAUCCACAAAGAUGUCAGAAAGGAAGAUCGAAAUGUCCAGUAUUGAAAUUCCCAAAGCUGACGCCAAGGACCCCGAGAUAGACAUCAGCACCCCCAGUGUUGACUUAACCCUCCCCAAGGUCGAGGUGGACAUCCAGGGACCGGGCAUGACAGUCGAAGUUGGCAAGGUGGAGGGUGAAAUCAAACUGGGAGCCAAGGGAGCCGAGGCCAAAGAUGGCAAAUUCAAAUUGCCCAAAUUCAGCAUGCCAGCCUUCGGCUGGUCCUCCAGCAAAGACUCAGGCCAAGUGGGGGAAUUGGAUGCCAGCCUCAAGGAUUCCCAGGUAACCCUUCCUGCAACCUCUGUGGAUACGGCUCUCAGCCUCCCGGGAACGGAAUUGGCGGCCCCCAGCCUUGAGGUGGACACGACAGCAUCUGUUGGAAAAGCAGGAGAGAAAAUCAAACUUGAGGGUCCCAAAGUCAAAAUGCCAAGCGUCAAGAUUCCCGAAGUCAAGAGUCCCCAGACCCAAGUCAUUCUGCCAUCGGGAGACGUGGACGUUUCACUUCCAUCCAGUGACAUCAAGGUCACAGGUGGAGACCUGGGUGUCAAGCUGUCAGGCACAGAGGAAAUUGCUGGAGAACUCAAAGGCAAGAUGGAAACCAUAGGAAUCAAAGGGCAUAUGCCAAAGAUCAAGAUGCCAAGCUUCAGCUAUUCCAAAGGUGAAGUUAAAUCUCCCAAGGGAGGCGUGGACCCGAGUCUUUCUAUGGUCGAAAUCAGGGUCCCCACCGUGGACGUCUCCAUGCCCCAAAUGGACGUGACCGGAGGGACAGACCUCAGCCUGACACAGGUGGACAUCAAGCAGCCCUCGUUGGAAGGUUCUGUCCAGGUCAAGGGCCCAGACGUCGAUCUCAAAGCAUCUUUGGCAGAGGUCACCCUGGAGGGUCCGGACAUCAGAGCAGAAGGCCUCUGUAAGAAGAUCACAAUGCCCAGAUUUCAGAAACCAAAAUUCGGCUUCUCUUCACCUAAAGGCAAGGACCCUGAUGCCAUCAUCAUCAUCGAACCACCAGAUAUGCCCAUCUCCCUGCCUGAAGUCAGUGCCACCACGGGAGAGGUCUCUGUGGGUACCCCAGGUCUCGAGGUCUCAGUGCCCCAAGUCCCCGACGCAUCCGCUGAGAUUUAUGGAUCGAAGAUUCCAAUGCCCAGCGUUAAAAUGCCCAUACCCGAUGUCGAGGCCCCAGACAUCAUCCCCUCCAGCAUGGAUGUCACCCUCCCCAAGGUUGAAGUGGAUAUCCAGGGAUCAGGCAAUCUGGUCAAGGCUGGGAAGCUGGAAGGCAAGACCAAACUGAGAGCCGAGGGGGCCGAGGCCAAAGAUGGCAAGUUCAAAAUGCCCAAAUUCAGCAUGCCCAGCUUUGGUUUGUCAACCAGCAGAGGCUCAGUCCCAGCAGCUGGAGUGGACCUCAGCCUUCAGGGCCCCCAAGUGACCCCCCCAACCGCAAGUAUGGAAAUGGACAUAAGUCACCACGGAGCAGAGCUGACUGCCCCCAGCCUCGACAUGACUGUAACAGCUUCCGAGGGAAAAAUGGGGAAAGAAGGAAAACUCGAGGGACCUGAAGUUAAGAUUCCAUCUGUCAAGACGCCCAGGGUUAAGAGUCCUCAGGCCCAGCCAACUUUACCAUUGGGUCAAAUGGACGUUUCUCUUCCCUCUGGUGAUGUUGAGGUCAAAGAUGGAGAUUUGGGCAUCAAGCUGCCAGACAGAGAGUUUGUAGGAGGAGACCUUAAAGGAAAGACAGUCACAAAAGGGAUCCAAGGUCACAUGCCAAAGGUCAUGAUGCCCAGCAUUAGCUUUUCCAAGGGUGACAUAAAAGCUCCCGAGGGUAGUGUCGACCUCAGUCUCCCCAAGGCUGAGGUCAGCGUCCCCACUGUGGACAUCUCCAUGCCCAACAUUGAUGUUGCCGGAGGGUCAGAUUUCAGCCAUCCACAGGUGGAUAUCAAGCAGCCGGCAGUGGCAGGCUCUGUCCAGGGCAAGAGCCCAGAUAUUCCACCAUCAGAGGUCACUCUGGAGGGGCCAGAUGUCAGAGUGGAAGGCCUCAAAAAGAAGAUCGAAAUGCCUAGCUUCCAGAAACCUAAGUUUGGCGUGUCGCUGUCAAAGGACAAAGGCCUUGAGGCCACCAUUAGCAUCACCAAGGUUGACAAGGAUGUCUCCCUGCCCAAGGUCAGUGCGUCUGUGGGAGGGGUCUCUGUGGAUGCCUCAGGCCUCGAGGUCUCAAUGCCAGAAGCCCCCGAGGUGUCACCUGAUACACCGGGACGGGAGAUCCAAAUGCCCAGUGUCAAAAUGCCCAAAGCAGAUGUAAAGGCUUCCAAGGUAGAUGUCAGCAUCCCCAGAGUGGACGUGACCCUCCCCAAGGUUGAAGUGGACAUCCAGACUCCGAGUGUGGCAGUUGAGACUGCAAAGAUGGAGGGAGAGAUCAAACUGGGAGACGAGGGAGCCAAGGACAAAGAUGGCAAGUUCAAAAUGCCCAAAUUCAGCAUGCCUGCCUUUGGCUGGUCCUCCAGCAAAGACUCAGGGUCAGUGAAGGAAGUGGACAGAAGCCUCAAGGACCCCCAGGUGACCAUUCCGGUACCUCGUGUGGAUGCAGAAUUCAGCCAGCCUGAAGUGGACGUGACAGCCUCUAUGGGGAAAGCAGGAGAGAAAGUCACACUUGAGGGGCCUGAAGUUAAGUUGCCGAGUGUUGAGAUUCCCAAAGUCAAGAGUCCCGAGGCCCAGAUCACUCUGCCAUCGGGACAAGUGGACGUUUCUCUUCCCUCCAGUGACAUAGAGCUCAAAGGCGGAGACCUGGAUGUCAAGCUGCCAGACACGGAGAGUGUUGUCGGAGAACUCAAAGGCAAGACAGGCAUGAUAGGGAUCAAAGGUCACAUGCCAAAGGUCAAGAUGCCCAGCAUCAGCUUUUCAAAGGACCAAAUCAAUGCUUCCGAGAGUGGCGUGGAUCUCAGCCUCCCCAAGGCCGAGGUCAGCGUCCCCACUGUGGACAUCCCCACACCCCACGUGGAUGUGACCAGAGGAGCAGAUCUCAGCUUGGCGCAGGUGGAUAUCAAGCAGCCUUUGGUGGAAGGUUCUGUCCAGGUCAAGGGCCCAGACGCUGACCUCAAGGCGCCUUCAGCGGAUGCCACCCUGGAGGGGCCGGAAGUUGGAGGGGAAGGCCUCGGUAGGAAGAUUAAAAUGCCCAGCUUCCAGAAGCCAAAGUUCGGGAUCUCACUGCCCAAAGACAAGAGCCCCGAGGCUUCCGUCAUCAUUCCCCAGCCUGACCAGGACAUCCCCUUGACCGAGGUCAGCAUGGCCAUGGGAGGGGUCUCCGUGGGUGCCCCAAGCCUUGAACUUUCAGUGCCCAAAGCCCCUGAGGCGUCAACUGAGACAUCGGGAUGGAAGAUCCAAAUGCCCAGCUUCAAAAUGACCAAAGCCGAUGUCAAGGUCCCUAAGGUAGACGUCAGCUCCCCUAGCGUGGAUGUGACCCUCCCCAGAGUCGAAGUGGAUAUCCAGGGACUAAGUGCAGAGGUCGAGGACAGCAAGGUGGAGGGCGAGAUUAAACUGGGAGUCAAGGGAGCUGAGGAUAAAGACAGCAAGUUUAAAAUGCCCAAAUUCAGCAUGCCUGCCUUUGGCCGGUCCACCCCCAGGGACUCAGGUGCGGAAGGGGGAGUUGAUGCCAGUCUCAAGGGUCCCCAGGUGACCCUCCCAACCCCCAGUGUGGCUGUGGAAGUCAGCUCGCCCAGAGUGGACAUGACAACACCUGGGCUCGAUGUGGAUGUGACAGUGACCACGGGUAAAGCAGGUGAGAAAAUCAAAGUCGAGGGGCCUGAAGUUAAGUCUCCAAGUCUCAAGAUUCCCAAGGUCAAGAGUCCCCAGGCCCAAGUCACUCUGCCAUUGGAACAAGUGGAUGUUUCCCUUCCCUCCAGUGACAUAGAGCUCAAAGGCGGAGACCUGGAGGUCAAGCUGCCAGACACGGAGAGUGUUGUCGGAGAACUCAGAGGCAAGACAGGCAUGAUAGGGAUCAAAGGUCACAUGCCAAAGGUCAAGAUGCCCGGCAUUAGCUUUGCAAAGGGCCAAACCAAAGCUCCUGAGGGCAGUGUGGACCUCAGCCUCCCCAAGGCCGAGGUCAGUGGCCCCACCAUGGACAUCCCUGCACCCCACGUGGCUGGAGAAAUAGAGCUCAGCCUGGCACAGGUGGAUGUCAAGCAGCCCUCGGUGGAAGGUUCUGUCCAAUUCAAGGACCCAGUUGUUGACCUCAAGUCUCCUUCAGUGGAAGCCACACUGAAGGGGCCAGAUGUCGGAGUGGAAGGACUCGAUAAAAUCAAAAUGCCUGACUUCCAGAAACCAAAGUUGGGCAUCUCAUUGCCCAAGGGCAAGAGCCUGGAGGCCACCGUCAGCAUUGCCCAGCCCGACCUGGACGGCUCUCUGCCCAAGGUCAGCACGGCCAUGGGCGGGGUCUCUGUGGAAGCCCCGAGUCUCGAGGUCUCGACACCUGAAGCCCCUAAGGCAUCUACCAAGGCGUCAGAAUGGAAGAUCCAAAUGCCCACUGUCAAAAUGCCCAAAGGAGAUGUUAAGGAUCCCAGGGUGGACAUCAGCACCCCCGGUGUGGAUGUUACCUGCCCCAAGGUCGACGUGGACAUUCAAGAAUUGAGCACAGCAGCUGUACCUGGCAAGACAGAGGGAGAGAUCAAACUGGGAGCCCAGGGAGCCGAGGCAAAAGAUGGCAAAUUCAAAAUGCCCAAAUUCAGCAUGCCAGCUUUUGGCUGGUCCUCCGGCAAAGAAUCAAGCCCAGUAGGGGACGUGGAUGCCAGCCUCAAGGGCCUCCAGGUGACCCUCCCAACCACCGGUGUUGAAACAGAAGGCAGCCUGCCCAAAGUGGAUGUGACAGGUUCCACCCUUGACAUGGAUGUGACAACUUCUGUUGGAAAAUUGGGGGAGAAAAUCAAACUCAAGGGGACUGAGAUCAAGAUGCCAAGUGUCAAGAUGCCCAAGGUCAAGAGUCCCCAGGCCCAAGUCACUCUGCCAUCGGGACGAGUGGAUGUUUCUCGUCCCUCCAGUGACAUCGAGGUCAAAGGCGGAGACAUGGAUGUCAAGCCGCCAGACACGGAGAGUGUUGCUGGAGAGCUCAAAGGCAAGAAAGGCACAAUAGGGAUCACAGGUCACAUGGAAAAGGUCAAGAUGCCCAGUAUUAGCUUUUCCAAAGGCAAAGUUAAAGCUCCAGAGGGAGGCUUAGAUCUUGUUCUCCCCAAGGCCGAGGUCAGCAUCCCCGCUGUGGACGUCCCUACACCGCACGAGGAUGUGACCAUAGGGGCAGAUCUCAGACUGCCUCAGGUGGAUGUCAAGAAAUCUUCGGUGGAAGGCUCUGUCCAGGUCAAGGGCCCAGACGUUGAUCUCAAAGCUCCUUCGGCGGAGGUCACCCUGGAGGCACCGGACAUCAAAAUGGAAGGCCUUGAUAUGAAGAUCACAAUGCCCAGAUUCCAGAAACCAAAGUUCAGCGUCUCGUUAUCCAAAGGGAAGGAUCCCGAGAUUGCCAUCGGUGUUGCCCAGCCCGACCUGGACACCUCUCUUUCUGAGGUCAAAGCGUCUGUGGGAGGGGUCCCUGUGGACACCCCGAGCCUUGAAGUUUCAGUUCCAGAAGCCCCUGAGGCAUCGGGACAGAAGAUUCAAAUGCCCAGCAUCAAAAUACCCAAAGCAGAGGUCAAGGCCACCAAGAUGGACGUCAACAUCCCUGGAGUGGAUGUGACCCUCCCCAAAGUCGAGAUGGAUGUCCAGGGCCCAGGCACAACCUUCAAAGUUAGCAAGGUGGAGGGCGAGAUCCAACUAGGAGCUGAGGAAGCCAAAGCCAAAGACAGUCGAUUUAAAAUGCCCAGAUUUAGCAUGCCGGCCUUUGGCUGGUCCUCCAGCAAAGACUCGGCUCCGGUGGGGGAAGUGGACACCACCAUAAAAGGCCCCCAGGUGACCCUCCCAACCCCUAAAGUAGACUCGGAAGUCAACUUGACCGGUGUGGGCAUUCCGGCCCCCAAGAUCGAUGUGGAUGUGAAAACAGCUGUGGGGAAAUCUGGGGAAAAAAUUAAACUUGAGGGUCCUGAAGUCAAGUUGUCAGGUGUCACGAUGCCCGAAGUCAAGAGUCCCCAGGCCCAAGUGACUCUGCCAUCAGGAGAAGUGGAUGUUUCUCUUCCCUCCAGUGACACUGAGGUCACAGGAAGAGACCUGAGCAUCCAGCUACCAGGCACGGAGGGCAUUGCUGGAGAACUCAAAGGCAAGGUGGGAACCCUAGGAAUCAAAGGGCAUAUGCCAAAGAUCAAGAUGCCUGGCAUCAGCUAUUCCAAAGGCGAACUUAAAUCUCCCAAGGGAGGCGUGGACCCCAGCCUCCCUCUGGUUGAAGUUAAUGUCCCUGCCGUGGACAUCUCCUUGCCUCAAGUCGACGUGGCCAGAGGGACAGACCUCAGCCUGCCACAAGUGGACGUCAAGCAGCCCUCAGUGGAAGGCUCUGUCCGGGUCAAGGGCCCAGACUUCGACCUCAAGGCACCUUUGGCAAAGGUCACCCUGGAGGGUCAGGACAUUAGAGCAGGAGCCCUCGAUAAGAAGAUUACAAUACCUGGCUUCCAGAAACCAAAGUCUGGCACCUCCUUACCUAAAGGCAAGGGCCCAGAAGUCGCCAUCAGUGUCACCCAGAAAGACGUGGACAUCUCCCUGUCCAAGGUCAGCAUGGUCGUGGGAGGAAUCUCCGUGGAUGCCCCAAGCCUUGAGCUCCCGGAGCCCAAAGUCCCUGAGGCCUCUGCCAAGACAUCAGGAUGGAAGAUCCAAAGUCCCAGUGUCAAAAUGCCCAAAGCAGAUGUCAAGGGCCCCAAGAUGGAAGUCAGCACCCCCAGUGUGGAUGUGACCCCUCCCAGCGUCGAAGCACAUCUCCAGAGACCAGACGUGACAAUCAAGGCUGGAAAGGUGGAGGGUGAGAUCAAACUGGGUGCCAAGGGAGCCGAGGCCAAAGAUGCCAAGUUUAAAAUGCCCAGAUUCAGCAUGCCAGGCUUUGGCUGGUCCUCCAGCAAAGACUCAGGUUCAGUGGGUGAAGUGGACACCAGCCUCAAGGGCUCCCAGGUGACCCUCCCAACCCCCAGAGGGGAUGCAGAGGUCAGUCUGACCGGAGUGGACAUUACAACCCCCAGGCUUGACUCGGACGUGACAACAUCCGUGGGGAAAGCUGGGGAGAAAAUCAAACUCGAGGGGCCUGAACUCAAGAUGCCAAGUGUCAAGAUGCCCAAGGUCAAGAGUCCUCAGGCCCAGGUCACUCUGCCAUCGGGACAUGUAGACGCUUCCCUUCCCCCUGGUCACAUGGAGGUAACAGGCAGAGAACUGGACGUCAAGCUGCCAGAUCAAGAGGACGCUGCCAGAGAAUUCAAAGGCAAGGCAGGAACAAUAGAGAUCAAAGGUCAGAUACCAAAUGUGAAGAUGCCCAGCAUUAGCUUUUCGAAGGGCCAAAUCAAGGCUCCUGAGGGUGAUGUGGAUUUCAGACUCCCUAAGACUGACAUCUCAUCUCCUGUGGAUGUGGCCGGAGGGACAGACCUCCGCCUGCCACAGGUGGACAUCAAGCAGCCCUCGGUAGAAGGCUCUGUCCGGUUCAAGGGCCCAGAUUUCAGCUUCAAGUCUCCUUUGGCAGAGGUCACUCUGGAGAGGCCGGACAUCCGUGCGGAGGGACUCGAUGAAAAAAUUACAACGUCUGGCUUUCAGAAGCCAAAGGUCGGCAUCUCUUUGCCCAAAGGCAAGGGCCCGGAAGCCACCAUCAGCGCCACCCAGCCCGAUGUGGAUGUCUCUCUACCCAAGGUCAGCAUAGCCAUGGGAGAGGUUUCCGUGGAUGCCCCAAGCCUCGAGGUCACGGGGCCAGAUGUCCCUGAGGCUUCUGCUGAGACACCAGGAUGGAAGAUACAAAUACCCCACGUUAAAAUGCCCAAAGCAGAUGUCAAGGCUCCCAGGAUGGAUGUCAGCACCCCCAGUGUAGAUGUGGGCCUCCCCAACAUUGAGGCCGAUGUCCAGGGCCCAGGAGCAUUGGUCAAGCCCACCAAGGUGGAGGGAGAGAUCAAACUGGAUGUCAAAGAUACUCAGGUCAAAGACAGUAAAUUCAAAAUGCCCAAGCUAAAAAUGCCUUCAUUUGGUUUGUCUACAAGCCGUGACCGAGGUGAUCAUGUGGAUUCAAGUCUCUCCAAGGUUGAGGCAGAUGUCUCACUUCCACCUUCCCAAGUUGAGGUCACAGGACCAGCCACUGACCUCAAGGUGUCGGAGCCUACCGUUGACAUUCCGGAGGCCCAGGGCCUAACGGUAGGAACUGACCUUAGGGGGUCCCUGUCCCAUGGUGUCCCAAUCCCAGAACUUUCCCAUCCUCCCAAACUUGACGGGACUGCCUCAGUCAUGGUCAGUGGCCCAUCUGAGGGUGCUCAGGUGCCUCAGUUUGAAAUCUGCACCCUAGAUGUCGAUGUUUCCCUCCCCAAAGCUGAUUCUGGUAUCGAAGUUGUGAAGGAUGAAGCGGACACCAGACCAGCAGAGAAGGACACCGAUGGUAAAGAUAGGAAAUUCAAGAUGCCCAAAUUCAGCAUGCCAGGAUUUGGCUGGUCCACCAGCAAGCCCGUUGGCGAUCUGCCUGAUGUUGAUGUUGGUUCUAAAGAGCCCGCCGCAUUGGCCCCACUGGCCCGGGUGGACACAGACCUCAGCCUCGCUGGAAUGGAUGAACAGGAUCCAGACCCCGACUUGGAGUUGACUCUUUCACCCGGAAAAGGUGGCGAGAAGAGCAAAAUGAAAUUGCCCCAUUUCAAAAUGCCCAGAGUCUCACUUUCCAAAGGCAAGAGCACUAAAUCCCACUCUGGUGUUUCAGGAGAAGAGGGUGUGACAGCUCUUCCAAAUGUAGAAUCUGACGCCAAGGGAACGGCUGUCCCAGAACCGGUCUCCAGCCGGGAUGGAGACGGGAAUCUUCCUCCCGGUUCUGGAGAAGCGAGAAGCGUUCCAUUACCUAAAGUGGGUUUCCCAGGAUUGACUUUCACUAAGCUUGAUAUCAGUGGAUCUCAUGCAGGAGGCCCAGAAAUCAAAGAGCCCAUCACCCUCACCAGAUACCAGGUGACUGCCCCUGAAUCAGACUUUCCUUCUGGGUUUUCCCUGGAGUCGCCACCAGGUAUUCCCACGGGAGAAGGCUCCAUUCAGAUGAAGGCAACCGAGGCGGAAGGCUCACUGACCUCACCCGGCUUCGAGACUGGAGAAGUAGAGGUGAAUCUUGAGUCGCUGGAUGGGAAGGUUAAGUUUCCUCGAUUCUACAGACCGAGAUUUGGAGUUUCUGUUCCAGAAGCAGAGGGAUCUGAAGGCCAGUUUGGCAUGUCCCAAGGAGAAGCGGACCUCCCGGACACAGAAACUCCAGGAACUGAGGUGGCUCAAAGUGUGAAACCAGAAGGCGACAAACCCGAAGACCACAUUCAGGAAGGGAAGGGCAGCCCAUUCAAGAUGCCCAAGUUCAAGUUGCCUUCUUUCAGCUGGUCCCCCAAAAAAGAGGCUGAUCCAACCCCCGACCCCCAGCCCAGCCUGGAGGAAGCGGCGCCGGACCCAUCUCUGGAUUCAGAAGGCAUUCUGGAAGAGGGAGAGGUCUUCCGGCCCAAACUGGAAAUGAGUCCAGAAGGGUCUCCGGAGAGAGAUGUCCAGAAGGGGAAACUCAAAAAGCCACAUUUCACCAUGCCCAAGAUCAGCCUCUCAAAAAUGAAGGUUCAUAAAGCUGGAUCCGGCCUGCCGAGGGGAGAGGGCGACACUGCCCAUCCUGGAGCUGAGGCAGAGGCCCUGGACCUCUCUGGAGGUGAUAGUGGCCCCACUGGGGGCAAGGCAGAAGGAGCAGGAAUCAGUUUGGGAUCUUUCCCAGCUCCUCCAGCAGACCUGGACAUCGACCAGUCCACAGCUGGUCUCCUUUCUCCCAAGCAUGACUCACCCCUAGCAGCAGGAGAUGCCCAUGCCAGUCAGUCCAAAACUGCUACUGACCAACCGCCGCUGCCCAAGGCAGAAGGCCCCACUCUGCUGAAAAGUCCAGAGAUACCCGCCGGACACCUUGCAGCCCCAGCAGCAAGCCUAGAGGUGGAAGGGUCAGAGUUGAGAGUGGAACGACUGGACAAAAAGAUCACCUUGCCCGGUUUCUCCCAGAAGCUGAAGCUUGGUCUGUCCUAUCCUGAAGGCCAAGAGCCGGACACGGGCGUCAAGCUCUCCAAAUCCCAAGGGACCAUCUCCUCGGCAAAGGUGGCAGGAGAUCCUAGAGUGAUUUCCCCUGAAACGCCAACAGUGGAAAUUUCCCUGGCCUGCCCCAGUGUAGCUGUGGCUGUCUCGGGCGACACAUCCCAGAAACCACUGACAGAGGCGACGUCCAAACUCGUGUCUCCACAGGCGGACGUUGGUGUCCCCUCUGUAGACAUAGAGGGAGCGGACCCUCGAGGGCCUGAGGUGGGCACCUCGGGUGGGAAAGCAGCAGGGGAGCCACAGACAGGUGGGACCACGCCAGAGGGUCAUGAGAGCUGGUUCAGGAUGCCCAAGUUCAGAAUGCCUAGCUUCGGUCGCUCCUCCACUAAAGACAAACGCCGUUCACUUGAUCUUGAAGCUCCCGGCUAUGUUCCUCCAGCCACCACGCUGGGUGAAAUCGAAGUCGAUCCGGCUACGACAACAGGAAGAGAAAGUUUAAAAGGCCAAAUGAGCCUUCCAGAAGUUCAAGAACCUGACAUUGGUUCUCCGGACACCAAAACGCCAGUCCUUGGAGGACAUUUGUGUGUAACAGCACCAGAAGCGGCAUCCCUACAUUUGGGGGAGGCAGGGGAGCAUAUAGCCCACCCAGACCCCAAAACCUAUGCUGAUGUCCUGAAACUUAACAUUGAGGGCAAAGGUUUGGACACCACAUCACAGCUUUGUACAUCAGAAACUGAGACUCAAAGCUCCAUCCAGCUCCAGGGCCCAGACAGCACCCUCAAAGGCCCCUCCAUGAAAGUCACUGCCAAGGAGCUGGAUCCCAGAGCAGGAGACAUCCAGCUGCCCGGCUUCCAGAAGCCGAUGUUCGACAUCACAUUGUCCAAAGGCAAGGGCCCAGAGGCCGCCAUUAGCGUCACUCAGUCUGACGUGGAUGUCACCCUGCCUAAGGUCAGCACAGACUUGGGAGGGGCCUCUGUGGACGUCCCUACCCUCGAGGUCUCAGUGCCCGAGGCCCCCGAGGGAUCCGCCAAGACGUCAGGAUGGAAGACCCAAAUUCCCAGCAUCAAAAUGGCUAAAGCAGAUGUCAAGGCCCCCAAGAUGGAUGCCAGCAUCCCUAGAGUGGAUGUGACCCUCCCCAAGGCCAAGGUGGAUGUCCAGCCACCAGACAUGGCAGUAGAGGCUGGCAAGGUCGAGGGUGAGAUCAAACUGGGAGCCGAGGCCAAAGAUGGCAAGUUCAAAAUGCCCAGAUUCAGCAUGCCGGCCUUUGGCUGGUCCUCUGGGAAGGGAACUAAAGGUGACGUCAGUCUGCCCGCAGCAGAAGCUGAGGUUUCUUGCCCUGAAAGUGAAGCAGCGAUUGGAAUGACAGACACUCGGGUCCUAGGGCAAACUACAAAAGUCGAGGGAGUAGAGGGCCCUAAACUUCACUUGCCAAAAGUUAAAGUGGCCAGGUUGGGUCUCACCACCUCUGAAGGCAAGGGGUCCGAAGCAGAGGUGGCCUCUAACAUUCAAGAAGACAAGAUGGCUCUUCCUCCAUGGGACGGGUCUCUUCCAGGGUCAAAAGAAGCUUCAACGAGGGUGGAGGUAGGGUUCUCCGAGUCCAAAAUCCAAGUCUCAGGAGCUGGAGGGUCUCUGGGUUCGGUUUCAGAAAUACUGUCAAAACUGUCUUGGGACGAGAUGGCCGGAGAGCAGCCGAGGCCUACAGAAAUCCUUAAAAUUCCCAAAUUGAAGGUGCCCAAGUUUACUUUCAGUGCCCCCGUCACUGGAGCAGUUUCUACUGAACACCAGGUGAGAGGCCCCGGGACAGACAUUGAAAUAGCCCUCCACAAAGAAGCCCCAGAAGUCUGGGGGGUAAGCGUCCAGAAGACUGCAGUUCCCACCCUGCCUUCUCCUGACCCAGAUGGCCGCCAUAUGGAGGUGGACCUCUCUGCGGCAGACUCUUCCAUCUCCAAGGUCCGAGUGCAUAUCCAGGGGGCCCGGGUCACGAGCCAAGAAGUGACCAUCGAAAACAUCAUAACCACAGAGUACGUUGACCUCACGGGGCAAGAGACUUGUUCCACCCAGAUAGUGCGAGAAUCUGAGAUUCCUUCCACAGAGGUUCAGAUGCCCUCCUACGGGUUCUCGCUGCUCAAGGUGAAAAUCCCCGAGUCGCCCUCCCACGUAGGGCCAAGUGGCCCAGAGCAAGUGGAAGUCAGCUGUACAGGUUCUGACGCUGAAACUGGAGAACUUUCUGAUGAGAGUCUGAGACCAGAUCUUCCCAGGACAGAUGUGGUCAAGGAAUCCCUCCACCUGGAUACCAGGGAACCCUAUGAGAUCAUAUCAUCCGAUGUCAGCUUGCCCAAAUUGAAAACGUUUACAUUUGAGGUCGAGUCUUCUCGUCAACACCUAGACAGCGGUUCAGACGGGGAACCGGCAGAAAUUCUCGAGUUCCCCUCCGAUGACAGCCAAGCCGCCACACCUCUUGAAAAGGAAGAGAAACCUCUCCAAUCUCCCAAAGAGAAAUCCGAAAGCAAAAAGCCCUCUGGCUUGUUCCGGUUCUGGCUUCCAAGCAUUGGAUUUUCCUCUUCGGUCGACGAAAGCGGCUCAGAUCCCAACGUCGAGGUUCAAGUAUCGACUCCGACAGAGGCCGUGGCUGAGAUGGAGUCACCGAAGAAACAGGAGAAAGCGAGCUGGUUCCGAUUUCCCAAGCUAAGCUUUUCAUCGUCUCCAUCCAAAAAGGGUCAGAGCCCCGAGGAGGACGGGGCCGACCUCAGAGAGAAGAAGUCACCGGAUGAAUCUGGGGACACCGAGUCAGCUACUACUUUUUUUGAUGCUCAGGAGAGUCUCUCCCCAGAAGAGAAAAUGGGAGAAGGCGAUUCGGCAGAGGCUCCCGGUGAGGCUCAAGUCUUGGGAGAGAUCGUAACGUCGUCAGCAAGAACUGAGUUAAUCUUGCUAGAAGGAGAGAAAAAGACAGACGGUAAAAACAUUCCUCCACCGGAGACCAAAUGAGGACACACGAGAUUAAUCCCGACGGAGACAGAAAGACCCAAUCUGAAAGAAGAAGGGGAAACUCACACCACUCUCCGUUUCCUCCGCGUUCACAUUAAGAUGAUUCAACACAGAACCAAAUCUGAAGCGGAAACCAAAGAGAAGCCUCCCUCCUGACAAUCCCUCGAGACUGUCUCCGAAACUCACAGAAAGGGCGGCCGAAACCAAGCUGAAGAAAGCACCUGCUUUCUCACAGGAGGCAGCUUUGGGCCAGCGGCCUGAAGACGUGGGGCCCAGCAGAAAUGGGUUAGGACGGGACGCACGGGAGGAUAAAGAUCCCCUCAAAACUGUCAGCUGGAAGAAACAGAAAAAGGACUUUGUCCCACAUCAUUCCCAGAAAUGUAACAUUUAGAGUUUAGAUGAUAGCUUCUUUCUGGAAAGGGCUGUGGCAGAUACCAGGAGAAGAGUAAGAGGGGAUGUAAGCUAUCCCAAUUUCACCUGAAGUUGCUUUCUGGUGAGUAGAUAGUUCUUUAUUUUUAUUGCUAGACAAUCACGCUUGUAAGUGCUUUUGCUUUGGGGUGAGUGACAAGAUAUCUUAUCUCAAAGACAAGGUCUAGGGAGUUCAGAAUGUCAAGCAAAGCAUAUUGAUCUUAAAAGCAAGAAUAUGGAAGUGAAAAUGGAAGGGCAACAGAAAGGUUGCCUAGGGAAUGUGGGCAAGAGGGCGCCUGGAGUGAUGUCUGUGGAAACGUAUGCGAAUCCACUUCCCUGGAGCUUCCCUGAAAAUGGGAUGCAGUGGUUCUUGGUCUUUGCGUUUCUAUCCGGGCUUCAACAAAUGCACAUUGGGUAACCGUGCCACCCGCCUCACUCCAUGUCACGGACCAGCUAGAGCGUGGAAUGUAACCUUGGCUUGCGGUUAUCAGGAUGGGAAAUAAAUGCAGAAACACCA